AAUUUCGAAUACUGAAUCGACCUUCGAUACCCCCCGAUCGGACUCUAUGCGUACAAAUUGACAGCGACAAGGCGUAAGACCCAAAGCGUAACGAAUGUCAGGAUGACGGAUAGAAUAGGUAGAUGUGAUGUGAACUUGCAAGUCAUGUGUGAAGCAGUAGUCGUUUGAUCCAAAUUUAUUACUUUGAAUUAAAGUUGAAUUCGUAGAUUAUAUUUAGUUAAUUUAACGAGAUUGCUCAGUUUGUUGCACUGUAAGUUGUUUGUAGUCUGUUAAAUACAGAAAAAUCCCAAAUUACCCUAGUAUUGUUCCCGUACAGGUUACCGCGAUCUGAUUGUUUCGGAUAUUGCUAGGAUUGUGUCUGCGUGUGAUCUCUAAAUUUCCUUUGUAAGUUUAUGAGCAUUUAUUGGGGUCCAAAAUUAAGAAUAAUGAAUUAUUACCCUAUAUAGGCAUACAUUUAGUCCUGUGGACGAUAAAUUGGAUUAUUACUUCUAAGAUUGUUGGGAUAGAGCUAACUGAGGAUACCACUUUCUUAAGAACUCGGCACCACAACAUCAACCGUGCGAUUCUAAUAGAAGGUCCGAAAUUCUUCCCAACAAAGCUUAAGAAAGUGCUUCGAAUAGUGAAGGUAAGGAUGCCUGAAACGGAUCGGUUCGACUGCAAGCUCUGCCAGAGGUCGAAUAACGUGGACGACAUGGUCUUCUGCGCAGUGUGCCAAGAAUGGUAUCACUACCAAUGCGUGGGAGUGACGUCAGCGAUAGCUAACGAAAGCUGGAUGUGCGCACGGUGUGCGGCUUUGCCGUCAUCGACUCGGAUCGGCGAGCUGUCUGGAAGUGAUCUUGUAUUCCCAGCUACUAACGUCAACGUUUCCUCCACUAUGACUACCGAUCCACCGUUAGCCGCAGCACCGAACUCCUCAGUUGUAACGAUCGCAACCAACUCUGGGUUUACGCUAGCUGGAACAGCCGCAUUUUCAACGACAUCGUCGACUGUGCCUCCUGGAUUGGCGCCGCCCGCUGUGGCUGGGCCCUACGGUCGGGUUCCGGCAACGAUGAUUUCAACUACUACGACUAAUUACGGCCAACCUUUGCUGACAGAGCAGGCAAGAGCGAGUCUGCAAUGGGUGCAGGAACAUCGAGCAUUCCUCGAGCAGCAGUUGGAAGAGAGCCACAAGAAGGAACUGGAGAGGAAGAAGGCAAUGCUCAGUCAACUAGCGAAUAAUGCGCUGCAAGGUGUCAUCAGUGGGGCGGCAUCGAACAGCUUCAAUGAACAGUCCGCCGCGGUCGGGGUCGGCAAUGUCGGAGGCUGGCUGGGACGGAUGAUCGACGAGAUGGACAAUCUGUCAAUCACACCAGUGAGCACGGGGCCACAGGUGACAACACCGGUCACACCCGUAUUCAACAACAGCUCCACACCAACGACGGCGGGUUCUGCAAAUCAGUAUGUAUUCGAUCCGUCUUUCUCAUCCCUGAUGUUUGGGGUCCCUAGUGCCAUGUCGAGAGUUUCCACAGGCCCGGUUUCUUCAGGUCAGUGUUCUACAACGCCAUCUAUUCCUUUGUACGGAUAUUCGCCACCUGGGGGGGAUCACUCUCGACAAAUCAGUGCGUUUCCUAUUAGCACUCAGGUUUCCUCGAUGGAUUUGAGGAAUGCGAACAUGACAAACGUGGUAACGGCCUGUCCGACGAUUCCAACAGUAUCGAUUCCGCAACCAUCGGUUUAUGGGGGGUUUUCAGUGAACGCAAGUGCACCUAGAUUGAACCAAAAUCCCAUCGUAUCGCAAGCUCCCGUGGGUGGGUAUUAUCCAGCGAGUUCAGCUCUUCCGUCAAGCUUCCCGUGCCCGGUGGGUCCAACGCAGCAACAACUGUUGGCGAGGCAAGUCAUGCCGAGAGAUCUUCCGCCGUUUCGAGGGGAUCCUGAGGAUUGGCCGCUGUUUUUCAGUGCGUACACCAAUUCGACGGCCGCCUGUGGGUAUUCCAAUGUGGAAAAUUUGGCUCGGCUACAACGUGCGCUACAGGGCAAAGCGUUCGAGGCGGUGAAGAGCCGCUUACUCCUUCCGGCGUGUGUCCCUCAUGUCAUGUCCACGUUGUACAUGCUGUACGGUAGACCGGAGCUAAUAAUCCAGACAUUGUUGGACAAAGUUCGUGAGACUCCAGCACCAAGAGCAGACAGGUUGGAAACGUUAAUCACUUUCGGCAUGGCGGUUCAAAACCUGUGCGACCACAUCGAGGCAACUGGGCAAAUGGCACACAUGUGUAACCCAGUUUUACUGCGAGAAUUGGUGGACAAAAUUCCCGCGCAGCUACGUUUGAACUGGGCGCUCUACAAACAGCAGCUAGCAACGGCCGAUCUACGUACGUUUGCUGGGUUCAUGUCCAUGCUAGUGGCAGCCGCCUCGGACGUCACAGUUACUACGGAUUCCAAGCAACCUCGAUCGGGACGAGGAGAGCGUGGCAGAGACAAGAAUUUCCUCAACGCUCACGCGGCCAGUGAACCAACCACAAAGCAACAUUGUCAAGAAGAGGAACCGAGGAAGUCGGAGGUCAAAGAGGUGCUGUGCCUGGCGUGCGACGGUCGUAAUCACAAGGUGAAAGAUUGUGCAACAUUCAAAAGGUGGGAUGUGAACAGCCGCUGGAAGACCAUUCAAGAUCAUUCCCUUUGUCGUACGUGUCUAGGGAAACACGGACGGCGUCCUUGCAAGAUACAAACUGUUUGCGGUGUAGAAGGUUGUCAGCAGCGGCACCAUCAGCUGCUACACUCCAGCGCUCAGAAGCAACGUCCAUCGGGCAAGGAAGGUCAGAACACGACAAAGCAGAGCGAUAAUUCUGGCGGAGGGCUGAAUGCACACCGUGCCACUAAGAAGUCUACACUGUUUCGGAUCGUUCCCGUUAAGCUGUCGUGGAAAGGGAAGUCGGUACAAACUUAUGCGUUUUUGGACGAUGGAUCGGACAUGACUCUGGUCGAACAAUCGAUUGCAGAACGAUUAGGCAUUGAUGACGGCGAACCAAUUCCCCUUUGCCUAACUUGGACAAGCAACGUGACUCGACAGGAACCGAAGUCCCAACGUAUUCGUCUGGAGAUAUCCGGAGAAGGCAAGAACGAACUAUUUUCGCUGCAUGAUGCAAGAACGGUGUCUAGCCUCAAUCUUCCGAAACAAACGCUGAACUAUGGAGAUUUGGCCCGGAAAUACACGUACCUUCGGGGUCUCCCGGUCACCAGCUAUGAGGCAGCCGUGCCUGGCAUCUUGAUCGGUUCAAACAACGCCAGCUUGACUGCAACGCUGAGUUUGCGCGAGGGUCAACUAGGCGACCCCCUUGCCAGCAAGACUCGGCUCGGCUGGUCGGUCUAUGGUUACACUGCUGAAGGAGAGAAGGCAACCAACUUCACGCUGCACGUGUGCGAGUGCCGACAAGAAUACCAGGUGGAUCAAGAUCUCCACAAUCUCGUCCAGCAGCAUUUCUCUAUCGAAAGCGUCGGUGUUUCGGCCGACAAGGGGCCAGAAUCAGAGGAGCACAAGCGUGCUCGACGGAUUCUAGAGGAGACAACAAAACGCGUUUCAAAUAGGUUUGAGACUGGUCUUUUGUGGCGUUAUGACCAUGUGGAGUUUCCGAACAGUUUUCCCAUGGCAAUGAGGCGUCUGGAAUGUUUCGAGCGAAGGAUGAAGAAGGACCCGGAGUUGCAGUUAAGUGUACAGCGACAGAUCGGCGAGUAUUUGGAGAACAACUAUAUCCAUGAAGUGACGCAGCAGGAAAGUAGAUCUACUGACCCUCGCAAGGUGUGGUAUUUGCCUUUAGGCGCCGUGAGAAAUCCGAAGAAGCCGGGCAAAAUAAGAUUUCGCGAACGGCCGGUAGCUGUUUGCGGGGAUCUAAAGCAAAUGUUCCACCAGUUCCGAAUUCGCCAAGAAGAUGUACACAGCCAACGGUUCCUCUACAGGGAACAUCCAACGAAACCUGUCAAGACCUUUGUGAUGGAUGUCGGUACGUUUGGGGCUACUUGCUCUCCCUGUCAGGCCCAAUACAUUAAAAAUCUUAAUGCGAAAGAACACGAAGGAGAAUUCCCGGAGGCAGCAAAAGCGAUCGAAGAGAAGCACUAUGUCGACGAUUACCUCGACAGCUUCGACACAGAAGAGGAAGCGGUCAAGGUCGCACUUGAAGUGAAGGAAGUACACGCUCGUGGAGGUUUCUGUAUCCGGAAUUGGCACUCUAACUCGGACACCCUCUUGAAACGGGUCGGGGAACCCAAGGGAGUACAGCCGAAAGUCAUCAGCAUCGAUUCGGAAAGAAGAUGUGAUUGCGUUUGCCAACAACCAGGAGCUGGACUCAAACAAGCAAAUAAGAACCCGAAGAGGCAUAUCGAAAAGAGUAGUCCAGUCUACAAGCUGUCGCCGUUCUUGGACGAGAAUGGCGUGAUGCGAGUGGACAGUCGUAUAGGUGCAGUUCCAUACGUCACGUACGACUUCAAGUUUCCGGUGAUUCUACCACGCCACCACCAUCUCACCGAGUUGAUCAUCGACUGGUAUCACCGCCGGUACCUACACGCCAAUCACGCGACAGUACUCAAUGAAGCUCGUCAGCGGUUCCAUAUCUCGAGUCUCCGCACGGUAAUACGGCAGGUUAUUAAGAAGUGCCAGAACUGCAAGAUUACCAAAGCAGUUCCAGUAACUCCUAGAAUGGCUCCCCUUCCGGAGUCACGUUUAGCGGCCAUGGCGCGGCCGUUCUCCUACGUCGGGCUCGACUACUUCGGGCCGAUCCAGGUCCGGAUUGGACGCAGCUGUGUAAAACGCUCUAGUGGAGUCGUCCAACCACCUACUAAGUUGGCCGAGCCAGCAAAGGCCACUCGCACGAACUGGAGCUUGGCCAGACAGCUCGUGGAUCACUUCUGGCGGCGAUGGAUUACCGAAUAUCUUCCGACGAUUGCCAUCAGAAGUAAAUGGUUCAGUGAAGCAGAUAGUCUCAAGGUGAACGAUCUUGUCCUAAUCGUUGAUGAAGGUCUACGCAACGGAUGGAUGAGAGGUCGGGUAACAGCGGCAAUUCCCGGAACUGAUGGGCGAAUUCGUCAAGCCAUGGUCCAGACAGCUGGGGGGUUGUUUCGGCGCCCGGUGACCAAGUUGGCAGUGCUCCAGGUGCAAGACGAUAGUAACGCAGAGGUAACAGAGAGGUCACAGGUGCGUUACGGGUCGGGGGAUGUUGCCGACUCUGGCAGCACGGAAAUUUCGAAUACUGAAUCGACCUUCGAUACCCCCCGAUCGGACUCUAUGCGUACAAAUUGA